GCUCUUCCUCCUGGGCGUCUGCCCCCCUCCCUGGCUGUUCUGGAUGAGACGCCUCCCUCCGACUGCCCCUCUGAUCCUCUUAUCAGCGAGUAAGCGGCCAAGAUGGAUGUUGUAAACCAGCUGGUGGCCCAAGGGCAGUUCACUAUACUGAAACAACCUCUGGGAUUUAUCAAAGUUCUACAAUGGAUCUUUGCAAUCUUCGCCUUCUCGACAUGCGGCAGCUACUCCGGCAUGUUCAAGAUGAGCGUGGAGUGUGAAACCCGGUCGGAGAGCGACCUCGGGAUAGAAGUAGAAUUUGAAUAUCCGUUCAGGCUCCACCAGGUGUACUUCGACGCCCCCACCUGUAAGGGAGGGAACCCCGAGCGCAUCUUCCUGAACGGGGACUACUCUUCCUCUGCCGAGUUCUUCGUCACCAUCGGUGUCUUCUCCUUCCUCUACUCCAUGGCCAGCCUCUUUGUGUACUGCUUCGUCCUGGAGAAGUACCGCGAAAACUGCAAGGGGCCCCAGAUCGACUUUGUGGUGUCAGCAGUGUUUGCCUUCAUGUGGCUGGUCUCCUCAUGCGCUUGGGCUAAGGGUUUGUCGGACGUGAAAACAUCCACCGAUCCGGAGCGGGUCAUCAGUCUCAUCGCCGCCUGCGAAGAACCGGAGAACAGCUGCCGUGAAGUCAACGACCCCAAAGUGUCCGGCCUCAACACCUCUGUGGCUUUCGGCUUCAUCAACCUGAUCCUGUGGAUAGGAAACCUGUGGUUCGUGUUCAAGGAGACCGGCUGGUUGGCUGCCUUCGGCGGAACAUACGUCCCGUCUCAGGAGAAGCAGCCCGCCCCCGACUCCUUCGCCCAGGAAGGCUACGCCCAGCAGGAACCCUACGCCAGCUCCCAGGGAGGCUACCAGCCCGAGUACGGCCAGCAGGGCUACAACGAGGAGGGCGGGUACAGCCAAGGCUAUGAGCAGCAGCCCACCUCCUUCUCCAAUCAGAUGUGAGCCCGUCCCACCACACCUCAGCGGCAGGAUGGGUGACCUUGUGUUUCUGGAGUGGCUCUGGACCCCCGCCUGCGUUUCCACACUCCUUUGUGUGUCUGUUUGUGUAUCUGUGAGUGACAGGCGGAGGGGGGGUGGGGGGGGGGGGCACCACGGGAGGGGGAUGGGGGGUGUGGGGGGGUGGUUGUUAUAAUAUGAUGUUUAUUCUCGUGACGUAUUUAACUGUAGAAGACAACACGGGGUUGUCUGUUUGGUUAUAACGAGAAGAACUUGAAUACAAAUACCAAAACAUUGGAACGUUUAAAGAGAAAUCUUGUAAUGGGAAAAGACUGGGAGGGGGGGCGGGGAAAUUGUAGUAAUAUUAAACUUGGGAGAAUGUAUUUGUCUGUGCUGUGUAAAUAUCAACAUGCUGAUAUAUAUGAUUAUAUGUACACAGUUGAAUAAUGGUGCACUCCAUAAAAGUUGUUAUACAACAAAUGUUGAGCACAGAGUUAUUCAAUUGCAUUUACUUUGGUUCUGUUUAGGAGCUCACAUAGUUUAGCCUUUGCCCUUCAAAUAUCCCCUUAAAUUAAUCAUAAAGAAAUCAUUCAUUCAUCUCAGAACGUCUUCUGAUUUAAUCACUGACAGGAUUCAAGAAAACAAGGGGCGAAGGCUGCAAGAAAACCUGAAUUUAAUCAAAAGUGAGCGGAGUGAUUUAUGGUAACAGCAGUGAGUAGAUGAUAGAAGUAGGUCGUUUUAUUUUACGUUUUUAUAUAUAUUUUUCCAUCAAAUAUCACUAUCAAAUGACCUGACAUAUAAGAUCAAAAAGUUGCAUAAUAAUAAUAAUAAUUUAGUGAGCAUGGUAGCAUCUCAUCGUUGCUGUGCUGCCAUAGUGUGCUAUCAGUAUGGACUUUGUGAACCGGGGCCGUGAACAGACUUUAGCGAUGUGUGUGUUUGUUUCCUCGUUUGGGAUUUAUGUGAUCGAGCUGUCGAUGAACCCUCGUCCUGUUUUUUGAUCGCCUGUGUUGACGUGUUUUCUUUUUUCUUUUCUUCCGGAAAGUUGUAAGACAGAGUCAUUUAGUUUUUUAACCGGUGUUUCUAUCGCACUGUAAUCAGUGGCGUACACACUCACGGAUAUUUCAGUAAAAACACGUUGUUAUUAUUGUUAGAACGAGGCGGUCUGAACGAUAUAAAAACCUCUCCUGCAUCCUCGGUCCUCCUUCAUCUCCUCUCUUUCUGAAGGUGAAUUUACUGCAUGCAUCCUUAUAUCCUAAAAGCAUCUGUAAACAUGUGAGAGGCUUUAAAGCUGCAGGAAAGUAAGAAUACACGGUGAAACCCAGGGGUGGAAAAGCAUAUUUACUUAAGUACAAUUUUGAGGUAUUUUCUUCUCAUUUAAAAGUGAACCUCAUCAAUUGUUACUUCAGUAUAUUUACUUUAAAGAUCAAAAGCACAAUGCAUCUCUUAAGAUUACAGCAGUAAAAUAACUAGAAGAGGUACAAAUGUUACAAAAAGUUAAGAAAGAAAGUCUUAAAUAAAUCAAAUGUUGGUAUCAUGACUGUGUUGGUCUACAGCAGUUCAAUUCAACAACAAUAUUCACACCAAUGAGGUCAUAUAUUAAUAAUAAAGCGUCACACAUGAAGGCCAUUUCUCUGCAGAAUGACUUCUUUUACUGUUGAUAUUUUAUGCAAAUGUGGCUGGUAAUACUUACGGAACUUUUACCUUUCAAUUACAUUCAAUUUGAAGCUUUUUAAAUAAAGAUCUUUCACUAAAAAACAUGAUGCAACAAAAUGAUAGGUCUGAAGUGUUCCUUAAAUGAUGAUUAUUCACAUAUUGAGGCCAUUUCUCUGCAGAAUGACUGCUUCUGCUGAUUUGGAUAAUAGGACUUUUAAUGGAGUAUUUUUUAACACGAAUGCAUUGGUACUUUUACGGAAGCAUCUGAAUAGCACUUCCACCUCUGGUUUAACUCGUGUUUUCCGAUCCACCGUCGUCGUAGUUUCUGCACAGCAGCUCUGCUAUAUUCUACUCAAAGCACAAAGUGAGUGCUGCAAUAAUUUCCAGAUUGAAACACCCGUCCUAUACUGCCAGUCCUCUGCGUGGAGACCUCCAGAGACGUGUCUUGAUUGGUAGUGUUUUGCUUCCACGGGAUGACUUGUUGUCCAUCUCUCCAGAAUAUAUAUCGAUCGAUGGCACAGUUUGUAUCCACUCUUUCUUUGAGAUGCAGAAACACCACCUCUGUUUGUUUCCUCUCUCUGUCUCUCUGUAGCUCUUAUAAAUAUGCUGAAAUGAAAUAUACUCUGUUGUUAGUGGUGAAUGAUGUCUUGUGAUUAUCUCUCUCUCUCUCUCUCUCUCUCUCUCUCUCUCUCUCUCUCUCUCACUCUCUCUCUCUUUACGCCUUUGGAUAGUGCUGUGUUUAUUGUGUAUGAUGUAUUCAUAUUAGUAUUAUUGAUAAAGAUAAGUCAGAGAAAAAAAAAAUAUCCAAGACUCUCCAGAAUUCUACUGUAUUCUUAUUAUAUGGGAUCCAUGUGAAA